CUUAAUUCCUUAACUAAAUCUAUUGUAGUUAAAUCAUCCACAAAUUACACUAACAACAAUAUUCUACUGAAUUAGUUGUUAUACUCCCUCCGUCCCAAUUUGUUUUGCAAAGUCAAUAUUUUUUGGUCAACCAAUAAUAAAAGUCAACCCUUCAUAUGGAUAAUUAAUUCAAUUUUUAAUAUUUAAAUUUUACAUAUUCAAAAACUAUAUUAAAAUCUUUUCAAAAUUGUAAAGUCCAAAAAAAAAAUUAAUUAAAAAAUGACAUCCUAAUUAAGUGAACAAAACGAGACUGUUUGACUAAGAAAAGUCAAAUUUGCAACUCUUUUUGGGACGGAGGUAGUAGUUGUUAUCGAUCGCGUAUCUGAAUGAGUUCUUCUCCAAAACUAAAAAUGAAGAACAUGGAGCACAUGGUUUUCCAUGCACAAGUAAAGGAUGAUGAUGAACAAGAAAUUGAUAAAUUUCAGAAUUUUAGUGGUGAAGAUAUGCCAGAUUCAAGCAAUGCCUUUGGAGCAUUUCAUAUUGAUAAAAACGUGACUGACGAUGGCCGGAGAAACUGGCUCCGGUGAAGGAGGUCGCGAGCAAGGUGAGCGGAGAAAAAUUAAUGAUCCCUCCUCACCUUACUAUUUGUCCAGUUCUGAUUUUCCAGGACUACACAUAUGCGCGGUUGUUCUCAAAGGUGAGAGCAACUAUCGAAAAUGGGCCACAGCGAUGAAGAACGCAUUCCGUGCAAAACGGAAACUGGGGUUUUUGGAUGUAACUAUUAAACGACCCACGAACAACGAAAGGGACCUAGAAGAUUGGCACACCGUCAAUUCCAUGGCGGUGGGUUGGAUUAUGACUUCAGCGGAUCCAGCUAUACGAUCAAAUCUGGCCUAUAUGGACAUCGUAUGUGACUUGUGUCCUACUGAACUCCCUGAUCAUAAGAAUAGCCCUGAAAUUCCUAAACGCAUUAAGUUUUUGUUAGAUUAUUCCAAAACUCUCAAAGAAAGGGACUUUUAUUCUUGACCAUCCACUAUUCACCACCGCCUUUACAAGUCCUUCUGAUCAGUAGCUAGUUCAUCGGUGUUUGCUGCCAUUACUUCAAGGAUGUUGUGAAUAAUUUUGUCAUUGAAGUUAGCCAGAGUACAAAGAUGUAGUUUAGGGAAGAAUUUUCUCGAUUUAGUCUUUCUGUUCCGUGAAUAUCCUUUUAACUACGUGUGCAUGCUAAUUGUUUUAAAUUCCCUGUGGUGAUUAUCGUAACUCCCGUUGUUCAGUUUGAUUGAGGAAAAGCAAAAGCUUAAGUGUGGGGGGAAUCUGAUAAGUCCGUAUUACAACACGCAUUUGAUGCGUGUUGGGAUUGGUUUUUGAUGUUUUUCCUAACUUUUAGGUGUCACAAAUCUCAAUUUUAGCUCAAGUUAUGUGUACCAGGCGUUGGUUCGAGUUUUAUGUUGUUUGGAGUCAAAAAUCAGGUAAAGUAGAUCUGGCAUCGGCACUUGAGAAGAACUCAAGAAGAGUUCAUGAGCUUUCAAGAGAGUUUCGAGAUUUUUGGAGGUCUCCAAGAGGUUCACGGUGAAGAAAUGAUGAAGAGAAGACCUUUGGGAUCGAUUCAGAAGCAUUCAGAAGCGUUUGGAAGAAGAAACGAAGAAAAACAAUGAAGAAAAGGUCACGCAUGGUCGUGCCCAGAAUUCAGGCACGCCGUGCGUGCCUAUGUGAUGAUUAGGCGACGGAAAAGGGCCAGGCACGGUCGUGCCUGGGAGAUUGGCACGUCGUGCUUGUAGUAUUACGAUUUGCAUUUUCCUUUUGUAACCAGACAUGGGAGUAG